AUGAGAGAGAAAGGGCUUGCUGCGGUGCGGGGCCAGGACGCCAUGGCCCUAAAGCUGCUCUUCCGGGAGCUGGAGAAGCAUCUGAAGAGUUUUCACAGCCGGCGAGUCGCCUUCAGGGGUUUCCACGGGCGGGAUAGCAUGAAUUCCCAGUGUUACACGGUGGCGAUGGACCUUGGCGUUUGUCAACUGAGGAAUUUCUCGAUAUCGUUUCUUUCCUCCGUGCUCGGGAAGGAGAGCGCAUCGGUCCGGGUCGACAAUAGCUCUUCGGGCGCAAGUGUGGUGGCCAUUGACAACAAGAUAGAGCAAGCAAUGGACCUGGUCAAGAGCCACCUGAUGUACGCCGUGCGGGAGGAGGUGGAGGUGCUGAAGGAGCAGAUCAAAGAGCUGAUGGAGCGCAACAGCCAGCUGGAGCAGGAGAACGACCUGCUCAAGACGCUGGCCAGCCCCGAGCAGCUGGCCCAGUUCCAGGCGCAGGUCCAGACCGGGGGCUCCCCGACCGGCGCCGCCCCGCCCCCGGGGCCCCCCGGAGCCACGCCGGCGGGGGGCCCCCCCUCACAGAACUCCGGCACGUCGGCGUAA